AAUAUAUUUUAGAGAGAAUGAAGUAGAUAGAAAAGCGAUAUGAGUCCAGAAACGAAAAAGUCAUUGGAAUUUGAAUUCUCCUACAGUGUCCCAAAAGCUAUGUGAAAAGUUCAUCGGAUUAUGGAGAAAGUUCCAGUACCCUGGUUGCAGAACUUUAUAAUUUUUAACCCUACACUAUGUAUAAAAGAGGGACAGGAGGAAGAAAAGAUUCUCUUCUACUACUGCAAAGAUGAGAAGUCAGAUGACGCCAAAAUCCGACAAGUUGGUUUGUGCGAAGGUAUGAUCAACUUUACCAACAAAUUCUCCAACAACACUUGUGAGGUCCUGGAAACAAAACGAACUAGACAGGUUUAUUUUGGACCUGAGCCUGAUUUCUGGAUGGUUUUGACGGUUGGAGUUCCUGAAAAAGGCUGCAGAUUUGUUUCAAACUUAACUAUGAGGUCCUUGCUCAUCACAAGUUAUAAUCUAUUCACCCUAUUCUAUGGUCCGUUCACUCCUCUGAUGAACAAGCUAGCCGACACUCCCGCAUUUCGGGCUAAACUGAAAAGGUUUUUCGGUCCAUACCGUACAACUCUUAAAAUUGGCGAAAGUGAAAUUCUGGAUCAUGUAGCUGGUGUUCAGUAUCUACCUAUUGAUCCGAACACGUAUUUGUGCUGUCAACGGUUCCUGUCCUCCCUCCAAGACCGCUUCUCACCCGUCCUCUACACCAUGCUCCUCUACAAAGACAAGUUAAUCUACUCAGCAUUAAAUAAGCACGACACCAAGGUUCUCUACCACUAUCUCAUAAACAUUCUCUUCCCUGCUCAUCUAGAAACUUCUGGCAUGGAGUUCAUCAGCAAAUCUUUACAGACCAUGGGCAGGUAUCUGAACGGUCCAGACAAUUUCGACGAAAACAUCAAAGCUAGCAGACUGCACCUGACUACCGACAGCAAAGACGGUGAAUUGUCUCAGGUGUUCCUUCUUGUGUACAACAACAUGGACACUACACUGUGUCUUAUGAUAGACGCCACCACUUCCUGUACCAAGACCUUCUACAAGACUCUCCACGCUUUUCUCUCUACAAACGUUCCAACUCUUGAUAACAUCGUCUCCAAACAGGUAGCGCCCAAAGCUCUGAGCGGUGGAUCAUCAUCACACCACGUGACUCCAGUUAACGACAAUAUCCGUUAUCUCCUCUACAACUACGAUAACCUUGCCUACGUUUCAACGCUUCAUACUCCUCCUCUCAUCUCAACAGCUUUCAUGAGGACCAUCAGUGAUAUCACCGCCGUCAUCAAGGAUAAACGAGAAGCUGAUAUAGUGAUAAAGACAGGAUCAGAUAUUUGGAUCUCAGCCAGAAAAAGCAAAAGUCGCGUCCUCUUUUCGCUCAUCCUCCAAAAGAACAUGCACUACAUAAACGUGGUGGAGGACGUUCGGAGACUUAGCCUGAACUUAUUUAAUAAAACAUAUUUUUGUGAGUAUUAGUCUCUGAAGAGUAUUAGACUGUGGUCUGUGAAGACAGUAAAAUUCUCGACUUUCUUAAUUUUAGAGUAAACUUUUCUUAAGUAUUAUUACGAUUUUUACUGUUGCCAAAUCGACGAUUCCCCGUGCAAUUUCAAACCAAUUUGUGAUCUGUUAAAUUAUGAAAAAGUAUCAUCCAUAAAUUCCACAUAUUAUAGUCUAAUCUAAGAGUGUUAAUUUCUAAGAGUAACACCUUAAAUAGACAAUAAUGGAUGCGUUAAAUAAUUAAUUUAGUAACGAAGUGACUUAACGGUAUUUUCCGAAUACUUGAUCCGGUCCCUGUCCUAACGAAACGUUUUACGUUAAGUAACACAUAGUAAUGAGUAAGAUAAUAUAAAUAAGGGGACCAGUUACUGAAAGUACCUUUAAAAUUACAUUGUAAAUAGAUUGUGAGGAACACUUUGUUCGGCUGGCCCGACUUCUGUUAAUUAAGAGUUACGUGUCAUACCGAUGUAUUUGAUGUCAUCGCCAUGAUAAAUUUGUGUAUGUUUUGAUAAAUUAAUUUUAAUUUUUACUGUUUUCUUAAUGAGUUUAAUCGUUGAUUACAUAUCUAUGUCAACAAAUUUCAUUCGAUGCUUUUUU